AAUUAGUAAAGCCCUUGCCAUCUCCGAAUACCAAUGCAUUCCAACGGCUACGGACCGCUUCGAAGACAAGUCUGAAGGACUUGGCAAGUAACGCUGCCAGCACAAGUGGUUCGAAUAAGGGAUCCAAGAAAGGCAAACAGCCUCCUUCUGAGCAUACGUCCGACUCGCUCACCACACGCACCCCAUCACCACAAGAGAUCAUCCUAAUGCUCUUUGUAUAUCGAAUGCGAA